ACAGAAACAACAAAAGCAGAGCUACUCACAAUGCCUGGCGAGGUUGCAGCGUGGCUGCAGCGACAUGCGCUGAGCCCGGCUGGCGUGAUUCUGGCGCUGCUCUGCGCCUGGCUCGGUCCCCUGUCCCUGCUUUUACGCAUCGUGGUCUUUGUUGUUGCCUUUGUGUCGUCUUUGGCGCUAUUCACACGGUACGCUCGCCUCGCCUCGUCUCGUCUCGUCUCGUCUUCGCUUCUCGUUUACAACGUGCCUGGCGCGACGAUGCGAGGCCAGCUGACUGUUCGUACGGCGAACGGCAUUGCCUCCAUUCUCGACGCCGUUCAAGCCGAUUGCGUUGUCGACGCAGCAGCGAGCACAGGCUCGGCGCGCCUGCACGGGGCGGCUGCUCACGCAUCCACUGCUUCAGUGCCUGGCGCGGCGACUGGCGUGGUGGGAGCAAGCAGCAGCACCGUGUCGAAUGCGACAGCUGCCACUAAUUCACUUUCGAAUCUCAACACGAGCUCUCGGCAGCAGCAGCAGCAAGCAAAGGUCGACCGGCGCAUGACCGGAUCCAGUGUUGUGGACGAUGUCUUGCACAAUCUAAUCGACUUGCACCUGCGCGAUUACGUCGACUGGUGGUACAAGGACGUUUCGGACGACCCGAGCUUCUUGCUGGCUCUGAAAGCAAUGGCGUCAACGGCGACGGUCAAGUUUGCCAACCGCGCGAAAGCGGUCGACUUUGUCAAUUUCGCGACGGUGAACGUUGUGGAUGAGUUUGUGCUGCAUCUGCGGUACUUUACACGCGCACAGGAAAAGGCGCGCGAGCUGACUGUGGCAGGCGGGUCGCCCGGAGCGAGCGACGCUGGCGGCGACGAGGUGAUUGCCGCCGAUCUGAUUGAUCGCUUCUUUUUCGAGUCUGAAAAGCGCCAUACCGCCAUCUGCAAGUCGCGCGAGGCCGAGCAGGCUUACCUGCGCGACUUGUCCGAGCUGCUGCUCUACAUCCUCCUGUCACCAGCCGACUUUGCCAACAAGCCUCUUCGCAUCUUGCUGCGCGAAAUGUGCGUCAAUGUCAUCUUUUUGCCGUUCAUUGACAGCAUCUCUGAUCCCGACUACAUCAAUCAGACGAUUGUGUCUGCGCUCAAGACAUCGACCGUGUCGUACGAGUCUUUUCUGAAUGCCAUCCGGUCUGCAGAAACGGUUGAAGACGUUGAAGUCAUGCUGUACCAGGUGGACGGCGAGCUGAGUCGCUAUCAGGGCGCUGCGGCUCGCGCAGAGGCAAUCCGAGCAGCCGAGCCGUCAGGCGCCCCAAUCGGCUUUGUGUCCCUCUUUAUGCCCGUCUUUCCCAUGUCGGGGGACUAUGCUGUGGAUGCGUAUGGCGAUGGCAGCGACUCGUCGUCCUUUUUGUCCUCCUCCGGCAUUUCAGCGGCAGAGCCGAGUGGCACAUUGGCUGCUGCGAGCGCCGUCGCUACCAAGGCAUCAACGUCACCAGUCGAGAACACGGGAUCUGUUGUUGGCACCAUCUUUGCCACGCCCAGCUCCGACGGCGAGUUUGAUGCGCAGUCAAACCGGCGGCACAUUAAUCGGCUUGUGGUGGCUCGCUCGGAGUGCGAAAAGCGCUUGCGGGAGCUUUCCCGCUCGUCUGGAUUUUACGUGCAGAGUAGCAUGCGCGACAAGACGCCGAUGCGCCUGUUGUCGCUGGCCGACAUUCUUUCGAGUAACGUGGCGCUCAGCUACUUUAUGGCCUUUGUCGAACCCGAGGGCGCGUCGGCCACCGUCUUGCUCGACUUUUGGCUCACCGUGGAGGGCUAUCGUGCGUCCGCCGAGCAGCGAAGCGAGCGACUGCAUGCGCUCGCUGACCAGCUGGGUAGCGACGACACGCAUCGCCAGGUCAUGCGGCCUCGCAGCGAUUCCCAGUCCAGCCAGAUGAGUCACAUGAACCAUGACGACUUUGACUUUGACGAUGACGACCUGGGCGCCAAACCCUCGUUCCGCGUUGCCACCAACCAGAGCGCGUUGCAAUCGCAAAGCGCCGGCGAAGAGAUUGAUGAUUCGACCAGCAACUCAACGCGGCGCACCCACGACGCACUCAAGUCCAUGCUGCAGGACGAAGCGAACGUGGUGUUUGAGCAGUACCUUGCCACGACAGCUUCUCCCCGCGUCCCGACAGACGACAGAAUCAUCAACAACAUUGGCCGGGAGAUUGCGCACGGGCACUACGCGACCUGUUUUGAUGAAGCUCAGCAGUUUGCCUUCAAGCUCAUCGAGCGUGACUAUUGCCCUCGCUUUCAGCUCAGCGACGGCUACGUGCGCUGCUUGGGCGAUAUGGAAAUGCUUGGACCGUCGACGACGGGUGACGGCGCGUCGCUCGAGUCUGGCUCCUCGACUGCGGCCUCUCACCUCCCCACUGUGGCAGCAUCAGCAGCACGUCCGGUGCCUGGAGCGGCGGCGGCGGCGUCCCGAGGCGACUUUGCAUCGGACACUUCCUCGCCCUCCUCCUCGCUUGUCCCGCCGCUUUCGUCGAGUCUCACCUCCAGCUCCCAGAUGACUCGGUCCCCAUCCAUGUCCAGCUUGGCUGAUGACGACCGGGACGGCGCUGGCGCUGGCGUUGGCGCCGACCACGACGGCUUUGCGCGUGGCGCCCAGUCGCGCAGCAUGUCCAUGAUGAACAAUGCGCCCGUGGCUGCACCGCCUCGUCCGUCGCUCAGUGCGCUCCAUAGCAGCGAGCGAGCGUCUUGGAACGCGACGAUGCGCGACUUUGAAAUUCGAAAGGAAGACGGCGAUAAAGUUGCAGUCUUCAUUAUUGACGUGAUGCGCAAGGACGAGUUUGGCGUGCUGCGGUGGGAAGUGGUCCGUCGCUACAGCGAUUUCCACGACCUGCACAUGCAGCUGAGAGCGAACGCUCCGGAAGUUGCCCAAAAGCUGGAACUCCCGCCGAAGAAAACCUUCCGCAAUCUGGAGACGCAGUUUCUCGAGACCCGAAAGCAGGCGCUUGCCACCUACCUGCACAUUCUCGUCUCGCCCGAAGCGUUGCGCAAUGCGGUGGCGGAGGACUUUGUCAGCUCUUUUUUGAGCGACGGUGCGUACGAAAAGACCGCUGGUGGGAUUGCCCGCAAGAUGGACACGUUCGUCAACCCCAUCAAGUCGACCGUCAAGACGGUGAAAACCAAACUCAAGGACGAAAUGGAAACGCUCUUCUCCGCCAACCCGACCAAGUCAUCGACUGGAGUCGGUCUUGAUGGCACAGGCGGUGGUAGCGGUGGUGGCGGCGGCAUUGGCAGCGGCGAUGGAGGUCUUGGUGAUGGCGGCGGCGAGUUUGAUGAAGACGGGACGUGGGUUCCACACGAACUACCAGCCAUGCGAAAGCAAGGUGCUGCUGCUGCUGCAGCCCCACCCAAAGAAUCCAAGGAUGGGCGCGGCCGUGCACCCUCUGUCGAAGAAUGGAAGACUGCGGCAGGCGAUGGUGACGACGACAACAUUCCCUUCCGGAUUCUUCUCGCAUUGCUCGACGAAGUCUUUGAGCUGAAGCAUCGCAACAAGUGGCUUCGUCGCCGCGUCAUGGCCCUAUUGCGUCAGAUUAUUUCCCAGACCUUUGGAGAUACGAUCAAUCGAAUUAUCGUCGAUCAAAUCGAUCUCAUGACUUCGGCAGACAAGGUGGCCGAGUACUUGCAAAUGUACCAGGACGCCUGGUGGCCGGAUGGUGUGCUAGCAUCGGCUUACCCACCCCGAACACCCGAGGAGCGUCUUCAUGCUAAAAUUGAGGCGCGCACCAAGCUACUAAGUGUCCUGACCGACGACCUUAAGCGCAUUGUUGGGUCUGAAAAUUGUCGCCGAGGGAGCGCGCGAAUCUUUGAGAUGCUGCAGCACGCGAGCUUAAACCGGCGGCUUUUCUACACUCUGUUUGAGAGUUUCCUGACGACCUUGUUCGGCGACUACAACCUCAGCGAGCUGAUUGCGCGGCUUCACGCGGGCAAGCGCAAAAAGACCAUUGCCGCCAACUGACACGCCCGUUGCUUGGUUGCAUGUUUUUGUCGGCGGUGCGGUUUCCACAACAAUUAAACGAACUGCCCA